GCAGCUCACUGGGGUUUGCCAACUUCCACCCGAGGGGACUUAAGUGUCAGCCUGGGUAAGACCACCACCACCUCCAUCACUACUGGUCUAUUCGAACCACCCAAAGAAAAAAAAAAUGGCUCCUUUUGAGAAAUCCAUGGAGAUGAUGCCCUUCAAACAAAGAAAAUGCCUCGCCACAAGAAAAGAUGAAGUGUGCAAUAUCCGGACUAAAUUCCCAAACAAGUUACCUGUAAUUGUUGAGCGUUACAUGCGUGAGAAAUCUCUCCCACUUUUGGACAAGACAAAGUUCCUAGUUCCCUUUGAGCUCACAUUGGGUCAGUUCCUCUGUCUACUAAGAAAUAAAAUAGAUCUGGAAUCAACUCAGGCCCUGUUUCUGUUGGUGGCAGAGAAGAGCAUGUCUUGUAUGUCAUCAAGUAUGGGUGAGAUCUACUCCCUUUACAGUGACCAGGACGGUUUCCUCUACAUCACCUACGCCUCACAAGAAGUCUUCGGAGCCUCCUAGGCACCAGAACGGCCAUGUUGAGGACUUCUGAACCAAGCUGUGAAUGCUGCUGUCCUUUUUUAAAGCUAAACUGCAUAUGAGCCUAUACCUCAAUCAGCAAAGGCUCCAUCAGUGUCAAAGUGAACUCACUGGCAGAUUUAAUAUCUAUGGUUUUCAGAAUAAUGAACAAUUAGGACUGUUGCCAUAGUGAGUCCUAAAAAUGUAGCAUAUAAGAGGAAGCUGAAACCUAUAUGAAUACAGAUUAGGCGUAUGUGCCAUAUUCAAGAGAUACUGCCAGUGCAAUAUAAAAUCCAUCAAUUCUAAAAACAGGGUCUAUAUCCAGUAUUAUUGUUAUGACUCCUUUAAAGCACUUACUGUUCUGUCCGGAUUGCCUCUACAUUCCCUUCAAAAUGUGAAAUAAAAUCACGGCAUCAGAAACAAGUCUCUAAUUCCUGCUGUUCUGUAUCAGCCAACAAUAAAUAAUAAGUAUUUUAA